CCAGGGUGAGGUUUUGGGCAGUCAGAGUGGCUGUAAAAGAAGUCAAGAGUGGCAAGUGUUUUCAGUAAUUGCAUUGCCAUGAAGUGUAUGCUGACAUAACUGCAGGGAUGUGUGUACCUCUGGUGGUUUUUCUCAGCGCCAUUGUGCUUCACUCUGUGUCAGCUGGAGGUGUGUAUUGUGCUAAAACAGCAAGAGCCCGUGCAGCUGCCUUGGGUUUGGAUUAUCCUGGAGUCCAUGGGGCUCCUCAUCUCUAUGGACCAGCUCACCAUGGGAUGCACCCCGGCACAAUGCCAUUCAGACCUCAACUUUACAAUAACAAUGAUCAUGAGUUUUCUGAAACUGGACCUAAUAUGGCAUCCUACAGACAAAGUCAACCAGGAGUGAGAUCCCUAGAUGACAAAAUACAUAAACGAGCUUACCCCAGGAGUUUUGAAUCCACCUAUCUACUGAACCAUGGCACUUACAAUCCAGUUCAAAGUGAAUACACCACCGACCAAGUGCUUAGCUUUCCCAGAGGACAGUCAGUUAUUAACCGCAAGUCCAAUUUUGAGGAGGUCAAGCAUGUUGCCCCUCCAACUCUGUCUGAAGCCCCAGGCCAGCCUGACCUUGUGAAUUGGGAUCCUCAAGGUCGCAACAAGCCGCUCUCAUUUGUCUACAACGCUCAUGACCUUGUUGUUGAGUCUGUCCCAGAUAGACGUCCAUCUAGUGGGCUCCCCCUGCCCCAAAGCUGGGGUCAUGGCACCUACCAGAGGGGUCUAACUGGAUAUGGCCUGGGAAGAGAAGUUCCUGUCCUUGGUUCAUCUCGCUUCACCAGCAAAGACCCCGUCAGAGCGAUGACUAGACAAGGUCCUGCUGUUGGCAGACUGAAUAAGAUCAGGUUCCCUGUCAAUCUUGCUCAGCCCCUGCACAGAAGCCUCAGUGUCAAACCAUUUGUUCAAGGGUACCCUGUUCUUAGACAUCUGAUAAAACCAAAAUCAGGUCAAUAAGUCAGUGAACUAAAGGGUCUGACCCAUGGCUUGGCUUUCUUGUUAAAUAGUGUCCCUGUGAGGAGUUAAGUUAACAGGCAAGCAUUUUGUGAAGGGAAAAACCAUGUGAUUUCAGAAUCCAUUUGUCUGCUUCUUUCAGUCAAGGUUAGAGGAAAACCAAUGUCCAACUUAUGUGUACAAGCUCCUGCAUUUCUGCUUCCUCACCUGUUGCUUUUAAAACAAGUCACAUUGUACAAUAAACAUAAAAUUACAAAUGGUUA